UUAAGUGUUUUGUGUUUUGUUUAUUAACCUUUAACCUAAUCUAAUCAGUUCAUUUAAUUACAACUAAUGCAGUUGUAAGGUGUUUGCUUACAUUUUUUGUGUUCCGUUUGUUGUGAUCAUUCUAAUUAACUAAUCAAGGUGGAUAUUAACAUUACAAGUACUUAGCAAAUAUAUUUUCCAGCUGAUCUGUAAGUACACAUUACUUUCUAAAAUGACAAUGCUAAGGCAACCAGUGGACAUUUUAAGAGAUAAGUCUCCCCGAGCCAUAUAUCAACUCAUAAAGAAAAAUUUGAUAACGAAGGAAUAUGCAGAUUAUCAGUUUUUACAGAACAGUCAGAUACCAACUAUGCACUUCCAGCCAUCUCUUCCUCGUUUACCAAUUCCAGCAUUAGAAUUAAGCUGCAAACGCUAUUUGGCCGCACAAAAACCUCUAUUGAUUGACGAGGCUUAUAGGAAAACAGAAAGUAACGUAGAGCAGUUUAGAACAAGUUCCGGAAAGCAGUUGCAAAAUUUAUUAAAAAAUUAUGAUCAAAUGAAUAAACACACAAGUUAUAUAUCCGAGUUUUGGUCUGAUAGUUAUUUAAGAGAUCGAAAACCUAUACCCAUAAACUACAAUCCGAUGUUGUCUGUACACAAAGAUCACAGACCAGCUUAUAACGACCAGUUGGUUAGAACCACUAAUUUGAUUAUUAGUUCUUUGAAAUUCUAUAAGUCACUAAAUGCAGGUAUUUUAGAACCCGAAGUGUUCCAUUUAAAUCCGAAAAAGAGUAAUACACAACAAUUUAGAAACAUCUGUAGCUUGUUGCCUCCUUCAGUAUCGUGGUAUGGAGCAUAUUUCUUCAAGGCCUAUCCUCUAGACAUGAACCAAUACCCAAAUUUAUUUAAUACUACAAGAAUACCAGAGAUAGACAAAGAUAGACUUGUGCACAACCCUGCGGGGAAGCACAUAACUGUACAGCACAAAGGCCAUUUUUAUGCAUUUAGAGUGCUCAAUGAGAACAACGAAAUUAUAUCUGCCGAUGAAAUUCUAGCAAGCUUGAAAUAUAUUCUGGAUGACCCUGUUCCCAAGUGUGAAUUUCCAGUUGGUGUCCUUACUACUUUGGAAAGAGAUAGAUGGGCGACUUUAAGACACAACAUAGAAUCAAACGGAAAUACUCAGGCGUUUAAAUUUAUUGAUUCUGCUCUGUUCAAUGUUUGUCUUGAUACAGAAAAUCUAGGUGAUGACCCUUAUGGAAUUGUAAGAAAUUUCUUACAUGGAGAUGGAGAAAACAGAUGGUUCGAUAAAUCGUUUUCUCUCCAAGUUAGCAAAGAUGGACAUGCUGCAGUAAAUUUUGAACAUUCUUGGGGUGAUGGUGUUGCUGUACUGAGAUAUGUGCAAGAUAUUUAUAAAGAUUCUAUACAAAAUCCAUGUGUUACACCAGAGACAACACCAAAGGGCCCAAGCAAUAUUGAUAAAAUAAUAAGACUGGAUUUGCAAUUAAACAAGGAAAUGGAAGUUAGUAUUACUCAGGCAAAGAAAGAAUACAAAAAUACUUGUAAAAGUCUGGAUAUAGAUUAUUUAAUCUUCAAUCGGAUUGGUAAGAAUGUUUGUAAGAAACAGGGUGUUAGCCCUGAUGCUAUUAUGCAGUUGGGAUUUCAACUUGGAUAUUACAAAAUGACAGGAAAAUUUGUGCCAACCUACGAAUCUUGCAGCACUGCGGCCUUUAAACAUGGCAGAACUGAGACUGUGAGAUCUUGUACUAAUGCCACCAAAGAAUUUUCCUUGGCAAUCACCUCACAGAACAAACCCUUAGUUUCUGAGCUUAAAGCUAUGAUAUCUAAAUGUUCGGACAUGCAUAAUCAAUUAACAAGGGAAGCAGCCAUGGGCCAAGGGUUUGAUAGGCACUUGUUUGCUUUAAAGAAGUUCGCAGAAAAGACCAACACUAUGUGUAAUAUAUUUGAAGAUCCUGAUUAUGCUCAUUUAAAUCAUGUUAUUCUUUCCACAAGCACUUUGAACUCUCCAGCUAUAUUUUCAGGAGGCUUUGGACCAGUAGUUAAAGAUGGUUUAGGUGUAGGGUACAUAAUCAAGGACGAUGAACUUGGGGUGCUAGUAACAAGUUACCCUCCAUACCAUCGCAGCUCGGACUUUAUUGAGUCAUUAAAGGGAACAUUUGAUGAACUUGUUUACCUACUUCAGAAAGACUAAUAUAUUUAUAAUCAGUAUUAUAGCGGAAUGGUGAUAAGCAAAAUGGUGGAAAUUCCGCAUGGAUAUUUUUUAUAUAUUUACAAGUUUUUACCACUUUUACUUUUAUAUAUUAUAUUAAUAAUUGAAGCUGGCUGGGAAAAUAGUAGUUGCUGUUGAAUAAAAUAAUGAAUUUUUCUCUAUUAACAGUAUUUUUUCAUGCCUUCAGAGUUAUCAUCUAUUUUAACAUAUAGGUUAGCGAAAAAAUAUGGAAACACGGUAAUUACUAUUAAACCAAUGAAUAUACAGGGUGGUUCAACUUAUUCGCGUCGGUGUCUGUACGGAAAAUUUCUUCACAGAAAUAUACAGGACCAUUAAUACUACAAUCCAAAAAUAAUAUGAAUUAUACAGGGUGCUCCAAAAAAGAGUGGUAUACCAAAGUUAUAUUUUUUCUUAUGGAAUACCCUAUAUCUGAUGACAUUAUUGAAUUAACCUUAAAAAAUAAACUAUACUUUGAUAAGGGUUCCCUAUACCUAAAUACAGGGUGUUUUGAUUUAUUUCGAUUUUUAUAAAAAUGUAAGGUUUUAGAAAAAAAUAAAUAUCUACGAAUCUAAGAAUCAGUAACAAAUUCUUUCUUGGAUCUUAAUAAUAGACUAUUUAGCAUACUUAAACAGAUGCUUAUUGCAACAAAGUUUCUUACAAGGUGGUCAAAAUAUGAGAUUGUUCUAUUAACAAAUUCAAGCUGUAAUAACUUACUUAUUUUAAAUGGAACACCCUGUAUCUUACUAGUCUAUCGCGUAGAAAAUUUACUUAGCUUUCAAUUUGUAUUAGGGUUUCCUAUACCUAUCUUUUUACAGGGUGGUCAAAAUAUUAGAUUGUUCUAUAACAAAUUCAAGCUGUAAUGACUUACUUAUUUUAAAUAGUACACCCUGUAUCUUACUAGUCUAUCGCGUAGAAAAUUUAUUUAGCUUUCAAUUUUUACUAGGGUUUCCUAUACCUAUCUUCCUUCAUUUUUUAAAUAUUUAAAGAUUUCCUAAUUUGUAAGCUUUAAAAAUUAGUAAGUACCUAUGUAUAUCGUGGUUAUGUACAACACAUCACCAACACCGGCAAUAUACUUAGACAAGAUACUGUCAUUAAUAAAAUUUUCAUUGUUAUCAUGUAAUCACACAGAGUGUUUUAUUAUUUUAGUUGAUUUUGGCCUACAUGUGACAUUGAAUAAUAUGUUUAUAUUUAUAUUAAACUGCAUACCCUAUAUUAGAUGCCGUAUUCUGGAAGAUAUUUAAAUUAUUAUAUUUCAUUUCGUGUAAGUAUUUUCCAUAUCUUAAACCGACGGUUAUUAAUUUAAGAACACCACUUUUUGUUUGAAUCUUUGAAUCGCAAUUACAAACAAUUAAAUGCAAUGGCUACUAUGACGAAAACGAGCGUAUUGUACAAAAAUAUGUAAAAAUGGGUAUUUACAGAAUAACAUGAGAAUUUAUAUUUACAGAAUAACAUGUGUAUUGAGAGUGUUUACAUGGAAUUGAAGAGAUUUUAAAUAUCUUCCACUAUAAAAAUAGAAUAUCGAGUAUGUCAUUUAAAAUCAGAACACUCUGUGUGAUUAAAUGAUACAAAUGUGAAUUUGAUUAAUGAAAGUAUCUUGACUAAGAUAGUUAAGUAUAUUGCCGGUGUUGGUGAUGUGUUGUAAAUAACCAUGACAUAGGUAUCUACUUAAUUCUAAUUUUUAAUGCUUACAAAUUAGUAAAUCUUUAAAUAUUUGAAAAAUUAAGGGAGAUAGGUAUACGAAACCCUAACAAGAAUUGAAAUUUAAGUAAAUUUUCUACGCGAUAGACUAGUAAGAUACAGGGUGUUCCAUUUAAAAUAAGUAAAAGAUAAAAAAGAUCAAGGCAGGUUUUGUUUAUAUUUGAUUCAGAGUUGGACCACCAUCUCCAUAUAGCUAUUUCAGCAUCCUUAUGCCUCAUCAGUGAAGCUCAGAAGUCUCAACUCUAAAAUAAGUAAGUUAUUACAGCUUGAAUUUUUGUUAAUAGAACAAUCUAAUAUUUUUACCACCCUGUAAAAAGAUAGGUAUAGGAAACCCUAAUACAAAUUGAAAGCUAAGUAAAUUUUCUACGCGAUAGACUAGUAAGAUACAGGGUGUUCCAUUUAAAAUAAGUAAGUUAUUACAGCUUGAAUUUGUUAAUAGAACACUCUCAUAUUUUGACCACCCUGUAAGAAAUUUUGUUGCAGUAAGCAUCUGGUUAAGUAUGCCAAAUAGUCUUUUAUUAAGAUCCAAGAAAGAAUUUGUUACUGAUUCUUAGAUUCGUAUUUAUUUUUUUCUAAAACCUUACAUUUUCAUAAAAAUCGAAAUAAAUCAAAACACCCUGUAUUUAGGUAUAGGGAACCCUUAUGAAAGUAUAGCUUAUUUUUUAAGGUCAAUUCAGUAAUGUCAUCAGAUAUAGGGCAUUCCAUAAGAAAAAAUAUAACUUUGAUAUACCACUCUUUUUUGGAACACCCUGUAUAAUUCACAUUAUUUUUAGAUUAUAGUAUUAAAGGCCCUGUAUAUUUCUAUGAAGAAAUUUUUUUUAAAUAUCAAGUGGUUUUCCGUACAGAGACCGAGGCGAAUAAGAUGAACCACCCUGUAUAUUUUUGAAAUUCUAGGAUCGUGAAUGAGAUGAUAUCCUGUAUUUUCUAGAGAACAUUUAAAUGUUGUUCUGAAGCUAUUUCCUUGUGGCAUUUUUGUAAUCAGCUAUUCUAAAUGGGAAAUAGCCGCAAUUAGCUAAUUUUGGCUUAUUUCCCAUUUAGAACAUUUAAACUUAUGUGACGUCAGCGUUUAGCGUAUCGCCGUCAUCUUGUUUUUGAAGUUAUACUUACAUUGAGUAAAUUUAUAUGUGCGCGAAUUCAUCAAAAGUCUUGGUCCUGAGCGCAACUGAAACGUUACAACGUGCUCUGAUUGGGUAAUUACAAUGAACUGUCAAUAAUUGUUCAAUAUGUCGGUUAUGAGUACAUAAACAAAUGUGUAUAUUAGUUUUUAUUGUUGUGAGGGCAGAGAAAAAAGUAAGAUUAAAAUUAUAGUGACAUUUUAAACAGUUUUUAAAAGCAACAGGUACGUAAUUCUAAAUGUUUCUAAUUCUAAAUGUUUCAGUAUCGUAAUAAAAAAUUACAUAGUUAGGUGCCUACCUAUUUGGAAAAUGUAAAAUAAACCUACCUAGUAUGUAAUGCUUUGAUUUACAUAAUUUGAUUAUCAACAAAUUUUCUACCAAUAUUCAUCUAAUAUUGUUUUCUUACUCUAUGUUUUGUUGUAUUUUGAUAUUUAAAUUCCACAAAAAUCAAACUAAUUUGGUUAAAUUUAGAACUGUCAAAAGUUUAAAACGUUCAGUUGGUCUAUCUUCCAACAUGAUGCAUAUGUCUCCGUAGCCAAAAUCUAAAGAUGCUUGAAUUUCAAAACCUACCGUGCCAAUGUGCGCGGGUUCAAUCCCCAAUACAAACUUUUAUUUUUUUUUAUACAUUUUAUGAUUGUAAAUAUAUUAUUAGGUACAUAACUUUUUUUCAGAAAAUACGUAUUUAGUUAAAAUUUUUCCAUUAAUUAUUGUUCGGAAAUCAUUUGUGGCAUUUUUCAAUGUGUUUGUGUGUGUUUUAUUUUUUUAAUUUUUGGUAUUGUUUUAAUAAAAAAAUUUUUAAAAGUAGUUAGUAUUAAAAUUAGUUUAAUAUUUAAAUAAAAUAUAAAUAAACUGUUUAAAGUAUAUUAAUUUUGUUGAAAUCAUAAUAAUAGAAGUAUAACUUCUUACGUGCGUACAAGGUACACACACAUUCUUUUUUUUAAAUGGCUGCCUAGGUCGAGUAAUAUAUCAAGAAAAGCUUAUUAUUUUUUCCUCUUCAGCAAUACCAAAAUUUAAUAGAGUUUAUCAUAUUACUUAUGAUAAACUCUAUUAAAUUGCAAUUUUAUUAAUCCAUUUUUAUUUUUCACUAUUCUUGGUACACCACUGAUGAUAGAUAAUCUAAAACAAAAACCAGUAGUAGGCACUGAAAAAUGUCAAAAACAUUUUGUACACAAUAAAAUGUCAAAUUUUAAAUUAGUCUUACUUAGUUAAAAGUAAUUUAAGAAUAAUGCCAAAAUUAUCAGAAAGAUAACGAAUCCAGGCAUGGGCGCCCAUAUCCAUAAGCAGGGGGGGUCAUGGCCCCUCUGGCUUUUCGGGUGCUUUCAGGAGCGUCAUUUGAAAUUUUGAUAGGGGGGGCAAGCAUUAUGUAUACAAUACAUUUAUAUGCAAACAUAAUACAAAAUUGAACAAUUUUUUGUAAAUUUCAGUCAUUUUCAGGGUCAGGGGGGCAAAUGCCCCCCCUGACCCAAUCAAAUGACGCCCCUGGGUGCUUUAAGCUCUAUAUCGUUAUCCAAAGUAUACAUAAGGUAAUGUGCAACAUCUUCACGUCUGCCCCCCCUAAAAAUUUUUAUAUGGGCGCCCGUGAAUCCCGAUACUAAUGUUAAUUGGUUAUGGUGAUAUAAAACGUACUAAUGAAGAAGUUAACUCUUUAACAAUUUAAAUAUUGGAAGAUCUCUUAUAAAUAGUUCAAUGGUUUCCAAACUUUUUGUGGAUAUUGUGUUCGAAUCUCCUCCAUCCAGUGUGGAGUGGAAUCUGGCCAGUAUCAGCAAUUGUGUCUGUUAACAGUACCGUUCAAGCAGAAUGGCGUUUCAUCACUAAGUACAGGGUUAUCUUUGUACGCAAGUAAGAAGUUAUACUUCUAUUAUAUGAUUCCAACGAAAUUAAUAUAUGUACUUUAAACAGUUUAUUUAUAUUUUAUUUAAAUAUUAAACUAAUAUUAAUACUUACUACUUUCCAAACAUUUUUAUUAAAACAAUACCAAAAAUUUAAAAAAAUAAAAUAAUAAAACACACAAACACAUUGAAAAAUGCACCAAAGAAAUGAUUUCUGAACAAUAAUUGUUGGCAAAAAUUUUAACUAAAUACGCAUUUUCUGAAAAAAAAAUUAUAAACAAAUAUAUUCACAAUCAUAAAAUGUAUAAAAAAAAAUUAAAGCACUCAUGGGAGUGCCGACAGAAGUGAAAACUUCUUAUAGUACCUAUAUAAAUUACGAGUUCAAUGCUUUUCCCCAUCCAAAAAGAAGUGCUAUAGCUAUAUAUACUGACCCUCUGGAAGUUGUCACCUAAACUCUGCCAUGUAAGGUUCUACCUACAAUUUCCCAACCAAUAUGGUUGAUGUCAUGUGAUGCCAGGUGUUAAUCUGGAAAUAUUUUUAACAUCCUUUAAAAUCGGAUAAUAUAAUGUAACCCCAACUGUUUAAAAUCAAUUUAAGGGGUUUUACCCGUACAUUUUGGUGGCUUAAAGCAUGUAAACCUGUAAGUAUAACUACCUAUUCACUUUUUUACCUUUGUCAAAAUUUAACCUCACGUUUGUUUUACUUAUAGAGUUAUACUUAUUUUAGGUGAUAACACUGAUGAUGGAAUAUUGAUUCCGAAAUCGUUUUGUUGUGAUACAGCCCUUUUUAGGGAUUUUAAAUAUACCUUUUACAAGAUAAGGUUUUUAUUUUUUUUUUUAUUAAAUUACUUUUAAACACUGCAUACGGCAGAUGUCAAAUACAAGUAAGACUAAUUUAAAACUUGACAUUUUAUUGUGUACAAAAUGUUUUGAACAUUUUUUCAGUGUCUGCUACUGGUUUCAGUUUUAGAUUAUCUAUCUAUCAGUGAUGUACACUUCGCGUCAAAAAAAAACUGGUACAACUCUUAUAACCGAAAAUCGUGUUUUUCAAGUUGUGUAAGUUGAUCUUGUCACAAGUGUCAUUCUAAUUUCUAGGGCAACGUUGCUAGUUCAACGAAAAUAUUAUAUCAAACUAGGUAAAAACGGGGCUGAGCGAUAGACCGCAUUUUUUAAUAUACUAAAAACAAAAACUAAAACAAUGGUAAUUUUCCGUCAUCUCAAUUAAGUAUCCAUACAUUGAUUCGUGUUUUAUUAUAAUUUAUGAAAAUAUUUCAAUUCAAAAAUAAUGAUAGAUAUAAAUCUUGACAUGACUUUAAAUUAUUAUGUUUAAUGUCAAAUCGAGAGGUGUGAUUGGUUUCUCGUAAAUUGUACGACAAAACUGCAUUAAGUUGUGUAGAAUAAAUAAAACACAGUGGAAAAAUUAAAAAUUAAAUUUGAAAUUAAUACAAAAUGAAUAACUUCUACAGUGAACAAGUAUGGAAUUUAAAUAUAUGUAUUACAAUUCGAAAUAUACAUUUUGAACGUUAUAUUUUUGUAUUUAGAUUUAGUGCAAUUCCGUUAUCUGUGAUGGCAACAACGAAGUGAUUCACGAACAAUAAUUGUCAGUCUGAACACAGGUUUACAUUGGGAGAAAAAAAGUGUACCAGUUUUAUAUGACGCGAAGUGUACCAAGAGUAGUAAAAAAUAAAAAUGGAUUAAUAAAAUUGCAACUUAAUAUAGUUUUUCAUAAGUAAUAUGUACUUUUCUGGUAUUGCUGAAAAGAUGAAAAAAUAAGCUUUUCUAUUUAUGCCUAGGUUGCUAUUCUAUUCUAUUCUGCCUAGGUUGCCAUUUAAAAUAAUAAGAUGGCGGCGAUAUGCUAAACUCUGACGUCACAUAAAUUUGAAAUGUUCUCUAGAAAUUGCAGAAUAUCAUCUCAUUCAUGAUCCUAGAAUUUCAUAAAUAUAUUCAUUGGUUUCAGAUAAAUUACUGUUUCAAUACUUUGUCGCUACCCUGUAUGUUUUAAGUAUAUUUUGAAAGUAUUUAUCACUAACAGGAUGUAUUGGCCAAAGUAAGUAUUUCACAUAUCAUUUUACAGUUUUUGAAGUUAUACUUCUUUAGGCGCGGUUGAGAUUGAGGGUGAAUUUAUAUUGAUCUGCGCGCAUGCGCACACCGACAGCAUGUUAUUAGUCGUUAUACGGGCUCUGAUUUGGUGUUGAAAUGAUCUGUCAAUAAUAAAUAAUUGUUCAAUAUGAAGGUAAGCAAAUGUAUAAUAUAUUAGUUUUAUUGUUGUGAGGACAGAAACAAAAAAGUUUAUAAUUGUAGUGACAUUUAAAUAGUUUUUAAAAGCAACAGGUACGUAAUAAUUGUAAAUGUAUCAUAGGUACCUACCUAUUUGAACCUACCAAAAUACAUAGUAUGUAAUACUUUUAUUUACAUAAUUUGAUUACCAUCAAAAUUUCUAUCAAUGUUCACCUAAUAUAUUGUUUUCUUACUCUAUGUUUUGUUGUAUUUUUUCAAUUCUAAAUCAUUUCAAUUCAAAAUCAAAAUAAUUUAAUUUAAUUCAAAAAUGUCAAAAGCUUAAUCCGUUUAGUUAGUCCAUCUUCGCACAUAAUGACACAUUGCCUCCGUGGCGAAGCGUUUAAGGCGAAUGAACCCCAAUAUACCAACCGCGCUGAUAGUUGGUUCGAAUCCCAAUAAAAACUUUCAGUUUUUUAUUUUUUUAUACAUUUUAUGAUUGUAAGUAUAUUUAUUAUAUAAUUUUAUUUUCAGAAAAUACGUAUUUAGUUAAAAAAAAUUUCCGACAAUUAAUGUUCAGAAAUCAUUUGUGGCAUUUUUAAUGUGUUUGUGUGUGUUUUAUUCUUUUAUUAUUUUAAUUUUUGGCACUGUUUUAAUAAAAAUGUUUGAGAAGUAGUAAGUAUAAAUUAGUUUAAUAUUUAAAUAAAAUAUAAAUAAAAAGUAUAUUAAUUUCGUUUAAAUCAUAUAAUAGAAGUAUAACUUCUUACGUGCGUACAAAGUACACACACAUUCUUUUUUUUUUAGUUCAAUGCUGAACAUACGUCUGCUCCAGUCUUUCUCUAUUUGGAGAUUGAGACACAUCUAUUUUAUUGCGAUUUUUUAAAUCAUGUAACUAUCAUGCAUUUUUAUUCAUAUACUACAUUAUUUGUCCUCUGUAGGUCUCCACCUACAAGAUUUAUUACGAUUUUUAUUGUAGUUCUGCUCCUUAGAUCUUCUUCUACGAGUUGAUCGUCAUAAUAAUCAUUUAACUUAAAUUAAGUUACUCUCAGAAUUGACAUAUUUUUUCAAUGCUUGAUGUUUAUAUUUGGAUUAACAGAAUGCAUUUGCAGUUAUUUUUAUUUGGUGUGUAAGGUGACGCAAAAUGCGUGCCUAUUGUUGCAUUUAUAAUACGAACACCACAUAAAACUAUUAACUAUUUUUCCCAGUCAGCAUUGAUCAAUAUCCCAUUGGUCCCAAGUGCCUUUUUAAAACAAGAGUGCUGUACUUUCUAGUUUUAAGAAGACUGUUAUAACUACGAAUGUUAUAUUUAAAAUGUUUAAAAUACUUUAGGGAGUGUUAUUUUUCGUUUAAUAUAAAAUUAUAUUACAA